AUUCUCUCCCACUGUUUCCGCGUAUGUUUUGGCCGUGGGUUCGUUCGAGGGAGAGUUGGAAGGAAAUUCCCUCCUCGUGAGCUGUGUCCCAGGCAGGAAAUUCACAGGCGGAAGCUGACGUUUGUCGAUUCCCUCCUACGCCUAUACCUGCUGCAAAUGAGCGCUGAGUACUGACAGUACAACUGGAGACAGUGUGGAGUUAACUGCUCACUGUGAACAGCAAUGGGAAUGGGUGCUACACAUUUCUUGUUGGUAAUGCUCAACCUGUACGGAACUGAUGCUGUCUUACAUCCUCCUAGAAAACUUCGUUUCACAUCUGUGAAUACUGAAAACAUUUUGCAUUGGGAUCCAGCAGUGAAUUAUUCACGAGCUGUUCGCUAUGAUGUGCAGUACCGUAGGUAUGGUUGGAAUGAGACAUAUAUCCCAGUGAAACACUGCACAGGAAUCCCCCACCAUCACUGUGAUCUCACACAGGAGACCUGGGAUUUUAACGUGCAGAUUGUCGUCUGGGUUCGGAGCUUCAUUGGCAACAUAACUUCGGAAUGGGAACGGUCAGACAACUUUAAACCCCGGGAUUCCACUUCUUUUGGUUUGCCAUCCUUCAAUGUUGAAGCCAAACCUGACAUGAUUCGAGUCAAUAUCUCCCCGCCCACCUUGCAUUGGAAAGGAAGAAAUCGGUCGAUGGAGGAGGUGUUCACCAACAACACUUUGAUGUACAUUGUUCAUAUCCAUGUGAACAACACUGACAAGUCUGAAGAACGUAAAAGCUCAAGAGAAUUGAACAUAAUGGUGCAACCAGGAGAAACCUACUGCAUCAGAGUGAAGGCGAUACUGAUUGCGGAUAACAGAGUUGGGAACUUCACAGAGGAGAAAUGUGUAACAAUCCCAAUCCUAGAUCCAGCAUCGAAUAUGACCAAUAUCAUCUAUGGUGUCACCAGCGCUGUCUUCAUACUGUUUACACUCUCUUUUUGCCUGGGGAUGUUUUGCUGGCAUUAUUUAAAGAAGGAAACUACAAUCCCAACUGUUUUGAAAUCUCUCGACAAGAACAAGAAGUCUUUGAGCAUUAUGGACUACCUGAGUCUGAUAGACGAUGUGGUCGUGCAGCAGGUGCUAGCUGACAGCAAUCUCCUCAGCUCCUGUAAGAUGCAGGAACAGGAUGAUCUAUGGCCAGUGCUGAAAAUCAAGGAGGCGUCUUCUGUUGACAGUGGGAUUGAUAUUGGUGGUAACUCAUCAGAUCAGGUGACUGUAUUCUGCGAGCCAUUGAAUCCCUAUAUGCAGCAGACCCCCGAGACAAGUAGCCAGCGGAGUGUCAGUCCAAAGGACAGUCAGGAUGACUCUCAGCCCAAGGAAUCGUGUUUAAUAAAUGUCCCUGAGGUAUUGAACAUACCUAUUGCUGGGAUGGGAAGCAUCAAUCCAUCAGGUUAUCAAAAGCAAACAGCUCAGACUGACGCAGUCUCCAUGCAGCCUGAAAGCAGUGUUGAAGGUCCGACUGUCCAGGACAUCUGUCCCUCCUUCAUUUCUAUACCUGACAUUGACAUGUCCAAAGACUUUUCAAAAGGCUUUCUCAGCUUAGAUGAUGUAUUGUUAAUGGACAAUGGUUUAUAAGAAAAAGCUUUUCAUUUCAAAACUUC